AUGUACUCGAGUCUGAGGUGCAGACGCCUCCUGCUUCGGCAGCGUGCUGGGCUGGCCACGCUCUCUAUAUGCGACAAGCGCAUGGCCCUUUGGACGCGAGAGAUGGAGAGGCAGCAGGAGGUACUGAGUCAAGCGACGGAGCGCGCAGAGAGUCGAGCAGAACCGCUGGAGCUGACGGUCGAGUAUCCUGGGACGACGCCCGGCACCUUUGCCUUUCGAGGCGUGAUAGGCGCGUCCACGUCCAUCGACGUGCUGAAGCAGAUGCACGAGAUGGGACUCCCUAGAUUCCAAGCACUGGCUGCGAAGAGUCGAGGCGAGGUGCUGGAUCUGCGUACGCCGUUGCAACAGUCAGGCUCGCUGCAGUUGCUCGAUUUCUCGAGUGAUGAAGGCAAGAGCGUGUUUUGGCACUCGUCGGCACACGUUCUAGGACAGGCACUAGAGAACAAGUUUCAAGACAAGAUUCGGCUGACGGACGGCCCUGCGUUGAGUGAAGGAGGCUUCUUUUACGAAAUGUUCCUGCAGGAUGGCGGCACUGUAUCAGAAACGGACUUUGACGAGAUUGCACGCAAUGUGAAGAAGAUCGUCAAGGCUAGACAACCAUUUGAGCGGCUACAGGUGACGCGUGCGUUUGCAGACGAGCUGUUUGCUUACUCGGACUUCAAACGGGAUAUGCUGCAUAAAGUUCCGGAGGGAGAGGCGAUAUCGCUUUACCGUUGUGGGCCACUCAUUGAUUUGUGUCGUGGCCCUCACGUCCCCCAUACUGGCGUGCUGUCGUCAUUCCAGAUAACGCGAUGCGGUGCGUCGCACUGGGAGGGAAAGGAGUUAUUGCAGCGCGUUUACGCUAUAUCGUUUCCCGAUAACACGCAGCUUAAGGAGUGGCGUCACCUCCAGGAAGAAGCGAAGAAGCGGGAUCAUCGCAUCAUCGGCCGCACCCAGCAGCUCUUCAUGUUUCACCCACUAAGUCCUGGAUCGUUGUUCUUCUUGCCUCAUGGCACGCGAAUAUUCAAUACGCUUGCCGAUUUUAUCCGCGGUGAGUAUCGCCGGCGUGGUUACGAGGAGGUAAUUACUCCUUUGAUUUACAAGAAAGAGUUGUGGGAAACGUCAGGUCAUCUCAAGAACUACCACGAUGACAUGUUCAUGGUUUCUCAAGGUACCAGCACAGGUGACGAGAAGGAGUCGUGCGAAGGGCACGAUCACGCUAAAGAUGAGUACGACCAGUUCGGACUGAAACCUAUGAACUGCCCAGGGCACUGCUUAAUAUUUCGCGAAGCGAGGAAGUACUCAUAUCGGGACCUGCCUGUUCGUCUGGCUGAUUUUUCGGCACUUCAUCGUAACGAAGCAUCUGGCGCACUGUCGGGACUUACCCGCGUUCGCCGUUUUCACCAGGAUGAUGCGCACAUUUUUUGCACAGCUUCCCAGGUGCAAUCGGAGAUUUCUCAUGCUCUCGAUUUCGUCAAGCACGUGUAUGGCAUUUUUGGUUUCGAGUUCAAUCUGCGUCUCUCGACGCGUCCGGAGAAGUACAUGGGUGAGCUCGAGCUCUGGGAUGACGCAGAGGAUCAGCUGCGUUUAGCCCUGGACGACUUUGGCCAACCCUGGAGUGUCAACGACGGCGACGGUGCAUUCUACGGCCCAAAGAUUGACAUCGUAGUGACGGAUGCCCUAAAGCGACAGCACCAGUGUGGUACGAUCCAGCUGGACUUUCAACUACCGAUCAAGUUCGAGCUCGAAUACAACGGUGCUGAUGGCGAACCUCACACUCCUAUUAUCAUCCACCGUGCCGUCUUGGGAUCAAUUGAGCGGAUGAUGGCCAUCCUCAUCGAGCACACUGGUGGCAAGUGGCCGCUGUGGCUCAGUCCCAGACAGGUAGCGGUACUACCGAUUGCUAAAGCACACCGCGAGUAUGCUAAUGAGGUAGCAAGUGAGUUGCAGAAGGCCACCCCACGCGGUUUGUUUGUCGAAGUUCAAGAUGACAGCAAGACCCUCAACAAGCGUGUCCGUGAGGCACAGGUUGCAGGCUUCAACUACAUUCUUGUUGUAGGUGACAAAGAACAGGCCGCAAAGGAAGUCAACAUUCGCACGCGUGACAAUCAAGUUCACGGCGCUAAGCCUCUUGUUGACUUUGUCAAUGACAUCAAGGCCGUUAUCGGUCGUCUAGAGUAG